AUGAAGAGUCUUAACUUAUUACUUGUUUUGGUCACCGCGGCUUUCAGUAGUUUUACCAAAGUUACUGCACCUUCGAACUGGGAAAGAGGUAAUGACAUCAAGUCGCAAACCGUCGAGUCACACUCUAAAAACCUCUUAUUGAUAGAAAGACAACUAAAUUGUCAAACUGGAUAUUCUUUAUGUCCAAGCGGUGACACUUGUUGUCAAACGGGCCAGGUUUGUUGUGGAAAUGCUUUAAAUGGUGAAUGCUGUCCAGCGGGCACCAUUUGUAAAGAUCAAACCGACUGGUGUGGUACUUCUUCUUCAUCCAAAUUAUUUACAGCCAGCGCUGGAUAUUAUUAUGCUUCAGAUUCACAACCUUCUUCUUCAGGCACUGGAUAUUAUUAUACUUCAGAUUCACAACCUUCUUCUUCAGGCACUGGAUAUUAUUAUACUUCAGAUUCACAAUCUUCUUCUACAGGUCGAGCAAGUUUAAAGACUUAUCUCAACAUCCCAUUUUUAACCAACCGUGAUGACCUCGAUCAUUACAUGAAUAAUAUUAAUAUUAAUGGAAAUAGCAAAGCUAAAAAUCUUUAUGUUGAAGACCUCAGCACUUCAUUCAUUAUUCCAUAUACACUUUCCCAAUUCGGGCGAAACUUUAUUUAUAAAAAGUCAUCAUCGUGA